GGCUGAUGGAAUGGCGUCAUAAAUACUUUCUGACGUUGUUUAUAUUUGUGCAGAAACUAAUUUAUCGCUAUCGUACAUUAUUUACAGUUCUAAUUAGCAGUGAGUUUUAAAUACGAUGUAAUGAUUGAACUAAUUGUGUAAGUGGAAUGCUUAGGAUAAUGUUUUAGAAGCUACGCAACGAAACAAUGUCAAACAAUACUGUCGGCUCGUCGGGGCAUGCUCCCGGCAAAAUACGUGGACCUGGAAGACCCCCUAAACGUACUUGUACUUGGUGCGCUGAAAGCAAAACUCCUUUAAAAUAUGUUUUACCAACGGAAAAUGGAAAGAAAGAGUUUUGUUCUGAAACAUGUUUGUCGGAAUUUCGACAGGCGUAUAGUAAAGGCGCCUGCCUGCAUUGUGAUAAUGUUAUUCGCGGCAACGCUCCUCCGAGUAGCAAAAACUUUUGUUCAACGUAUUGUUUGAAUAAAUAUCAGAAAAAGAAUGAAAAAAGAACGACAUCUCCUCAGUCCGGGAAUGGAGCUAAUGGUUCUGAAAAUCAUUCUAACAACAAUUCCACAGGAUCUUUUUAUGAAAUUUAUCAGUCUUUCGACUGGAAUGACUAUAUGAAAGAAACAAAUAGUGUUGCAGCGCCGCAGGAUUGCUUUAAACAGGCCCCAACACCUCCAGUCAAUGAUUUUAAAGUCAACAUGAAAUUGGAAGCUUUAGAUCCCAGAAAUCUUACUUCGACUUGCAUAGCUACAGUCGUAGGUGUUUUAGGUCCUAGAUUAAGGUUGAGGCUGGAUGGCAGCGAUAAUAAAAAUGAUUUCUGGAGACUAGUUGAUGCUGGAGACAUACACACUAUAGGCUACUGUGAGAAAAAUGAUGGAAUGUUGCAACCACCACUCGGUUUUCGUAUGAAUGCUAGUAGCUGGCCUAUGUUUUUGUUAAAGACAUUGAAUGGGGCUGAAAUGGCACCAUCAAAAGUCUUUCAACCGGAGCCAAUCACACCUAAAUCUAAUUUAUUUGUUGUUGGUCAGAAAUUAGAGGCUGUUGAUAAAAAGAACCCACAACUCAUAUGUUGUGCUACUGUAGGUGCAGUGAAAAAUGAUCAGAUACAUGUCACUUUUGAUGGAUGGAGAGGUGCUUUUGAUUAUUGGUGUAGAUAUGAUUCUAGGGAUAUAUUUCCUGUAGGGUGGUGUGCAAGGGCUGGACAUCCCUUACAACCACCAGGACAAAAGAGUGCUACAGCUCCAUCUAGGUUCAAACGGCCAAGUGGAAUUCCAAAUCCUGCUUUACCUGAAGGUGGCUCCACUGGUACUGGGAAUACUAAUGGAACCAGUACUGUCACCCCAGCUGCAAAUGUUGUUUUGCGGAUCCGUGGCAGUUGUUCCGGAGGCAGUCCUGAUUUGCCCCCUUCGGUGACAGGAAAGGGAUCAUCUGGUGUCCUUAAGAAUCUUGUUAUUGAGCUAUUUGAUUCUGACUUGGACUCACAGAAGUUGUCUAGAGCUGUACAUAGUGCAUCAAUUAACUAUACAAAUAUUACUUGUAUACAGGUUUUACCAGGGACUAAAAAUGUGACUGUGAAGUUACCAGUGGAGUUAUCUACCGAGGAAUUAAAAAAUUGGCUAAAAUUAGUGUGUACUGGCAUUGGUUGUUGUGUUGGAAUGAUAGAGAUAGACACAGGAGAGGCUGCUGGUCGGCCUUGCACUCUUUGUGGCGAGUCUACAUCCAACAGUGUUACAUCAGCAUUUGCAGUUAAGAGGCCUAAAAGUGAAUCUCCAUCGCGUAGCACUGUGAACGGCGGUGGGGAGACAUCCGGCAUCAAGAUGGCGCGCGUGUCGCCUGAAAGGCCUGAACCCGCGUCGUCUACUACGGGCGCGCCGCCACCACCGUCGCCCGCCACUGCGCCCGCAGACUGGUCGGUGGAGGACGUGAUCGGGUUCAUAGCUGCUGCCGACCAGGCGUUGGCAGCACAUGCGGAUCUCUUCAGGAAACAUGAAAUAGAUGGAAAAGCAUUGUUAUUGCUUAAUUCAGAUAUGAUGAUGAAGUACAUGGGCUUGAAACUUGGACCUGCACUGAAAAUUUGCAAUUUGGUAUCGAAGAUAAAAAAUCGUCGACAUUAUAGCACCUAGUUCUAUUAGCGCACACUUUGAAGGUUUGAAACUAUAAGUUUCUAUUUUUAUAGUGUUUAAGCAUAUGCUUCAAGUAUUUCUAGAGCAUUUCACAAUAAUUUAUCUUCAUCUUUGGAAAACUUUAAGAUUUCAAAAUUUGAAUCUCCGAUAAAAUGAUUGCUGGUGAAAUUGGUCACAAA